AUGUAUAUAUUUAACUGCGGAUCUAUAGAUCACCCAGGUACUUUACUUCUUCUUUAUUUUUAAUUGAUUUAGCUGGGCAAGUGUAUUCCGUUGAUUUGCAUCCAAGUGGACGAUUGUUGGCGACUGCAGGCUUUAACGAAAAGGGGAAGGGAUGUUUGAUAGUUUGGGAUUUGAGUUCCUUGAUUGGAAACUCCAGCUAUUUGGCAAAAGGUAAUGAAACGGUGUUUGUUAUUAUUAUCGUUAUUUUUAGGGAUAAAAUCCGAGAAAACAGCAGAGAAGGCAACGUCUAAACGACUGAAACUCGAUGAAAAGAGUCAUUUAAGUAGGUUACUCCAAGUACAAUGGAUUCUGAUUUUAGAAAGACAAAAUUGUGUCCGCUGGAGUCGGAUAGACGAUGGGCGAUACCUUGUCCUAACUGGAGAUAAUCCAAUUGUUCAUCUUUAUGAACCAUUGUACGAUAUGGAGAACAAUUCAUUCGAACUUCGAGAUGCUUGUCAAUUGGUUGGGCAUAAGAUGGAAGUUAUGCACGCGGAAUUCAAUCGCGAUGGAAAACUUUUGGCAACUUGUUCAUUAGACACAUCAAUUAUUGUCUGGAAUAUGAGAGACCUCUCCAAACCCAUGAGGAUACUAACGGCAGAAGAUGGCGGGCAUACGGAUAUGGUCAGGGGGUUAGUUUGGGAUCCAUUGGAGAGGUUUUUGAUCACUCAAUCGUCUGAUCAGACCAUUAAAGUCUGGAGGGUUGGAAAUUGGGAAUGUGAGCAGACAAUAAAAGGAUUUGCUAACGUAAGUGUAAUAGGUUAAAUUAUAAUAAACGCUUUCAGCCUUCUAAAUUCUAUUCGCGAUUAGAUUGGACAGCGGACGGAUCGAUGUUAGUGGCACCUUGUAGUAGUAACACUGGAUUCAACACUGCCAAGAUCGUUUUGAGGAAGCAGUGGAUGCCUGAACUGGAUUUAGUCGGAUUUGAAGGGACGACUUCUUGUGUGGUAAGUCCGUUCUUCUUUGUUUUAUAGACAAGAUGGUUUCUAAUAUCGAUGAUUUUGAAAAAGAUUAGUUUUAGCGUGGAUCUGCUCGUUGCUCGUAUAUAGACAUGGAUGGGAAGACAGUAGUUGGUUCGUUGGUUGCAGUUGGAUCUUCCGAUCGAUCAGUUAGCGUCUGGAUGUUGCCCAUAUAUCAACGUCCUAUUUGUGUGAUCCAGGAGAUUCUCCCAGAAGAAAUCUUGGACCUUUCUUGGAAUGACGAAAAACUUAUUGUUUGCGGAAUCAACGGUUCAAUAAGAUGCUUGGUAUUUGAAGAGUCAGAAACUGGCAGGUUCCUCAGUGAUAGAGAAAUGGUAAGCAUUGGGCGUUAUUUGUAACAUAGUUAUUUUAGGCAUUACAAUACAGCAAGACGUUUUCCUAUAUCCCCUCGAUCUACAGAUCGUCUCAUGAAGAUGCAGAGAAUUAUAAUAUCACAUUACCAUCUGAUGUGAAAGAUAUUUGGGAGCAAUUUGAGGAUGUAACAGGUAAAUUUUUCCGAGUUUCUUUUGAAAAAAAGGAUGAAUUUUAUCUAAAGUAAGGUAUAUUAGACGAAAUGGUUGAAAGGUCAAAGGAGUGUACCCUGCAUCUACUCCCCCACAAUCUCACACGUUCCUGUCAACAAUGUUUGGCCACAAUCAAAACAAAGAGAGAGCGAUUCCCAUCUCCGGAAGUCGAAGUUAUUGGAAAUUAG